AUGGCUGAAGAAACAAUCAAAUUCAACAAAUAUGUUUCAUAUUUGAAUAAACAAUUAGACUCAUUACUCAACUCAUUACAAACUGAGUUGAUUAACAAAUCAUUGGAUGAUAAAUUGAUGCAAGUAACCACUUCCAACAAUGCAACGUUGAAUAGAUUAGAAAUUUGUAAUAAAUAUGCCUAUGUUUUAAGCUCUCUACUCUUUGUUUAUAUGAAAUUGAAUAAUACCAAAGAUUUAUCACCUAUUCUGAAGGAAAUAUCAAGGGUUAGAUCGUACAUGGAUGAAGCAAAUAAAUUGAAGGAUCUUGCUAAUAUUCCCAAACAGAAUGAUGAAAAGAAGAAAUCCUUUAACCAUUCUAGUAUAAGUGAGCAAAAUUUUACAAAGGGGAAACAUACAAGAUUUAAUCAAACAAAUGAGGAAGGUAGUAGCUUAAAAGAUAAUAUUUUAGAGAAAUUACAUAAAAAGACAGUGUCACCAAGAAAUACCAAAAGCUUAUCUUCUUCAACUAAUAGCAAAAAACCUGGGAAAGUUGAUAAAAAAAGGAACACGGUGAAGAAGGGGAAAUAA